UGUUGUCACCAUGUCUGGACGUGGCAAGCAGGGGGGCAAAGCUCGCGCCAAGGCCAAGACUCGCUCUUCCCGAGCCGGCCUCCAGUUCCCCGUGGGCCGAGUCCACCGGCUGCUCCGCAAGGGCAACUAUGCUGAGCGCGUCGGCGCCGGCGCCCCGGUGUACCUGGCGGCGGUGCUGGAGUACCUGACCGCCGAGAUCCUGGAGCUGGCGGGAAACGCGGCCCGCGACAACAAGAAGACCCGCAUCAUCCCGCGCCACCUGCAGCUGGCCAUCCGCAACGACGAGGAGCUCAACAAGCUGCUGGGCAAGGUCACCAUCGCCCAGGGCGGCGUCCUGCCCAACAUUCAGGCUGUGCUACUGCCCAAGAAGACUGAGAGCCACCACAAGGCUAAGGGCAAAUAAGCAAAUUCGUCUGCAGCCAUAGCAUGAAACCAAAGGCUCUUUUCAGAG